GCCACGCGACACCACCGUCAGCUCCCUUGCCCACCUUCCCCGCCCCGCCCCUCCUCCCCUUUCCCAACAACGGUCUCUACACCCAACCAGAGGCUGCCAUCCCCAACAACAGCUUUGUUGCAAUCGUCAUGGUGUCGCUGUCGUUUCGAGUCGUUGCCGCUCUGCUCGUGGUGGCCCUGGUCAUCGCCCCGGUCUCUGCCGGGCCAAAGAGGACCGUCAUGGUUGCCGAGUCGGUCUCCGGCUAUGCGAGCUCUGUGAUUGAGUUGAAUUCGGGGAUGUUAGCCUGGAACGGUGAUGUCGCCAAUGCGCAGGGUGGUCCCGACGGCUCGUACGCCACCUGUAACCUCUGCAAUGACGAGUACUGCAACAGCCUGCAGUUUUCGUCUUUCGGACUUGCUGCCCAUGCCGACGCCAUCUUUACCGGCCUGGAGUUCAAGAUCAACACUGUUACCAGCGCCGGGGAUUCGAUCCAAAACUUUUACCUGGCAUUGAGGAACGGAGGCACUUAUAUCGGCAAUUGGAAUACGGACGCAACCAUUCUGCCCGCUGGUCUCUCUACUCACCAGUUUGGAGGCGAGUCUAAUCUUCUGCAGCCGUAUAGUCCUCUGACUGCUACUCUGGUGAACAGUGCCGACUUUGGCAUCCAACACUAUUUUAGGCGCGCAGGUUGCUCUGUCAAUGGCGGUAUCGCGGCCGAAGCCGGCCUAAUGACUGCCUACUACGAGCGCUCCGUCGUGGUCGAGGUCACUUCGGCCCCGACCCAGUCGCUCCAGGGCGCCACCUUUAAGGUCUACAUGACCAACCUUGUGCACGUGUCCACCACCAUCACAUGCAACUUUAACGACGGAUCGUUUUCGAAUGCUGCCUCCAUCGAUGCAAGCAUGAACUUUAUCACGUGCGUCAUGCCCGGACUGGCCAAGGGCUCGUUCGCCAAGCUCCAGAUCUUCCUCGACAGCACCAACGACCCACUUGAUGAUGUUUCGUACAUCUACAUUCCCAUGGCUUCUGAAGUCGAGACGAUGAUUGACGGCGUCCAGACCUCGCGUUUUGCCGCCGAUGUCGGCGGCACUGGCGGCGUACUGACGCUGAACCUUUUGUCUUCUGAGGGCAUUGACAACAUCAUGUACGCCGGUAUUGUCGCCUCGCCCUCGGCGUGUCCGACUAACAAUCCAAUCGGCAAGGCCGUUGUGUCGGGCAACUCGGUUGUGCUCACCUCCUCGGCCCCCACGGCAGGAACCUACCACCUGUGUGUGGCCGAGAAGUCAAACGGACCGUUCCAAAAGGUCGACCCAAGCCGGGUCACGCUUGAGUUCUUUGCCGCCGCCGCUGACGACAUUGCCAGCAUCACGCCGAACUCUAUCGGCGUCUCCACGGCCGUCACCCUCAGUGUCGUGCCCAAGGCCGCGUCUGCGUUUGCAGGGCCAACGACCAAGAUCGGCUUUGCAGUCAGCUCGUGCGACGGCAGCGUCCAGCCACAAUUUGACUUUCCGGAGCCCGGCACCGAGCUUGCUGUCUCUGGCAGUGACUUUGGCUCGAGCAACGACUAUGUCGUCUGCCUCUCGGUCUACCCCAACACCUGGGUUCUCCAGUCCGGUGUUACGCUCCAAGUCCGCGACGGCCUCCUUACCGCCAUCAACCCUGCAGUCAUUGGUGCUGGCUCACUCCCUGUCCUCGACUUUCAAGGUGGUGCGUUCACCGAGACCGGUACUGUUUACGGCUUUGAUGUGUCGGGCAACCCUCGCUGUUCCGACCCAGAGCUGGUGACGUCCAAGACAAACUUUCCGGGCGUCCCGUCCCGCCCUCGUCGACUCUCAGCGCCGGUGAUUACACCGUCUGUGGCUCCGUCAACGGAGGCGCCUCGUUUGUCGACUCGCAACAGUCGUUGACCGUCACCUCGCCCAACGCUGCUGUCACCGCAAUCUCGCCAAGCAGCAUCGUAGGAGAUGUUGAGGCGCUGAUCGACUUUGUUGGCGUGGUCCCUACCCCGACAACUCUGGCGUAUAUUGUCUCUUCGACGGACUCCUGCGUCGCUGAGGUCGCCACCUUUGAGAUCUUUUCUUCUGCAAUCAGCGUGCCCGUCACCGUCUCGCCCGGCACGUACUAUGUCUGCAUCCAGACUGGUGUCACUCCGGUCCACCAGGGAGUCGCCAGUCAGUUUGUGGCCGUCGACGCGCUGGCAACCGACUCGGCCGUCCUCUCUGGCGCGCAGCAGGUAUCGAACGGUGUCGCGACAUCCUUUGUCUUUACCAUCGGCGCCAACACCGCCCUGUUUCCAGCCGCCGCUGUUGCUCUUGCCUACCCCGGCGGCUGCUCCUCACCCUCACUCCGGCUGCUCGAGACACCGGUCUCCAGUCUGGCAAGCAGCACCACGCUCAACGGCGCCGUGACGCUGCCAGGCGCCUGGCCUGUCAGCCCUCCUAAGGUCGAGCUCGACGUCUGCUUUUCGUACGAUGGGACGACCUUUGUUCAGCAGACCUCGCCGGGAGUCACGGUUGUCUUCCCGUCGGCCAACCUCAUCACGGGCUUUACGCCGCAGACCAUGGUCAACGCGUCCAAGCCCGGCUUUGAAGUGCUCGGCCCGCAUAUUUCGUCGCUCACACACGUCGCUAUUGCGCUGCCGGGCACGUGCGCCGACGUGGCCGGCCAUCUGGCCGCCGGCAUGCCACUCACCGAUCCCUCGAGCUUGGUCACGUUCCCCAAUACCCUUGUCCUCGAUGCAGCCGUCACCGAGGUUGCGCUGUGUGUCUCGACUGACUCGGGCAUCACCUUUACCGACCAGGUCAUCGGCGGCUCCAUUCCUGUUGCCAACGACCCCAACGCGCUCGUCAUCGAGACUGUCGAUCCGCUCGUGACCGUGGCCGGUGCCACGACGGUGACGAUUGGCACGCCGUCGCCGGUCGACCCCAACGCCAAGAUCGCCUUUACCAGCUCGUCGUGCCUCUCGGAUCGCAUUGGCAGCGUUGCACUUGGCGGUCCCGGCGUAGUCACGCUCUCGGCCGGCUUCCCGUCGGGCGGCGUGUUCACGCCGUGCUACUCGACUGAUCCAGCCUCUCCGGCGCCGCCCGCGUCGUGGAUUGGCCAGAUCGCGGUUCCCGCACAAAUCUUUGUCCUUCCUGCGGCUUCGGCUGCUGUCGUUGGCUCAGUGGCCCCGGCUGCUGUCGGUGUCGGCGCGCCUGCUUCGGUUGUUCUCACCCGCUCUGGCUCGGUUGUUGCCAUCGGCUGCGGGACGUGUCGUAUUGGCUUUACACUCACCACCUGCAGUUCGGAGCCUCCGGUCACGGUCGCCAUGCCUGCGGCUCUUGAGCAGCAGACUAUUGUCCUGCCUGCCGGGCUUCCCUCGGCUGGCGCCUACAAGGUCUGCUUCUCGACCAACUCGGGCACGUCUUGGACGCAACAGACCGCCGUCACGCUCACCGCCGUUGCCGCCAACGCCAAUGCCAUCACUGCCGUCUCCCCGGCCAUUUUUGCUGCGACCAUGACGCCGACGCUGACCGUCUCGACACCGUUCCUCUCGCCACACACCUUCCUUGGUGUCACCGCUGACCCUGACUGCAGCACAGCAGGUAAUGUUGUCUCGGUCUCAGCCUUUUCGACGGCCUCGUCCAAGUUGACCAUUGCACCGGCGCUCGGAAUCGAUGGCACGUACCAGGUCUGCUACUCGGUAGAUGGCGGCGUGAGUUACACUACGUCGGGCGAGACCGUCGAGGUUAUCUCGGCGCUCAGCUCGUCGAUCACCAGCUUUACGCCAACUGUCAUCGGUUCGCGGACGACGCCGGCGAUCAACUUUGUCAACGCAAUUGUCUCACCCAAGUCUGCCAUUGCCUUUAUUCCUGCAGCGGUCAAGGACGAGGCGGGUGCGUGCAACCAGGCGUCGUACCGGACCGCCGUCACCGCCCUCUCUGCGGCCACGAACGUCGCUCUCGGCUCGGCCUUUGACGAGGUCAGCCCUACCACUUACGCGCUUUGCUACACUGUCACACUUGGUGUCGCCAGCGAGAACUGGGUGCUCCAGACCAACCCGUCGCUUCUCACGGUCACCGUCGCCACCCCGACCUCGCUCACCUCGAUCUCCCCUCGCAUUGUUGCCGCCGACGCCCUCGAAGUCCUCACCAUCGGUGGUCUUGUGGCGACGCCGACCACCAAGUUUGCCUUUUCGUACACCACCUCGUGCGCUACCACGCUCGACGGCACGACUUCGUAUCCUACCCCGUCCGGCACCGUCGUGCUCGCAUCAGGCCUCACCCAGUCCGGCAAGACCGCCCGUCUGUGCUACUCGGUUGACGACGGCGUGAGCUGGCAGGCACAGGGCGACGACUUAUCUGUUGCCGUCGUCCGUGCCGUCCCGACCUCGCUCACCUCCAUGUCGCCGUUGCGGACUGGCGCUGGCACUAUGCCGGCCUUUUCAUUUGCCGGCACUGUCCCGCUCUCUGCCAACGUCAAGGUUGGCUUUGGCAUCGGCAGCUGCUCGGGUACCAUCUUUGGGCAGAUCGACAUGACGACGUGGAGCUCGCCGGCGUCGGCCAUGACAUGGGGCGUCCCGCCCACCCCGGGAUCCUCCACCACCUACAUUGUCUGCUUCACGGUGGACUCGACGACCUGGGUCGAGCAAACCUCUGUCGGCACGCUCCAGGUCGAGGUUGCCGCCGCCAACUCGUUUUCCUCGCUUGUGCCGCCGAAUCUUGGCGUCGGUGCUGUUGGUUUUACCCUCACCCAUGCCGGCGGCUCGCUCCCCACUCCGACCUCGUACCUCGGCAUCACGACCGGCUCGUGCGCUGCGGCGGGCAGCUUUGACGUCCUCCUGCCGUUUUCGCUUGCCGCAGGUGGCGCCGCUGUCUCGGACACGGUGCUCAACAUGACAAGAGGCAUUUCGGCGCCGGGCGCAUACAAGCUCUGCUACUCGGUCACCGGGCCGAGCUCGGGCUUUGUCGAGCAGACGCUGGUCUCGCUCACUGGCGUUGCCGCUGCAGCGAGCGACGUGACAGACAUCUUGCCUAAGCUCUGGCUCUCGCACGUCCUUGAGCCGCUGACCCUUACCCUCGAUGCGGGCUUUGUCUCGACGCCGACGACGUGGCUUGGCUUUUCGCACAACUCGAGCCUGUGUGAGGCACGGUCCGGGCGCGAUGGGCUCACUGGACUCACCCACCUCGCGGGUGCGUCCGAGACCCUCGAAGCCGGCGUCACGGACAUCGGCACCCACUACGUGUGCAUUUCGGUCGACGACGGCCAGAGCUGGAUCACAACCGCAGCUGGGACCGUGUUUGUCGAUGGCGCGUCGCCGACCUCUAUCACUGGCCUCUCGGUCGGCGACGUCGAUGCCAAUGUCAUUUCGGAUGUCCGCUUUUUCGGCGCGCGUCUGUCGCCGCUCACUCACGUCUCGCUCGUCAACCUCGGGUUUGGUGCUGAGGCGGCCGACGCGGCGCAGAUGGCGUGCGACGACGCGUCGAAGCGGCUGGAGGAUCGGGUCCUGAGCAUUGUUCCUGGCGCCAACAUCACGCUCAUUGACGAUGGACGGCACUCGGUGUGCUACUCGGAGAACGGUGGGCUCUCGUACGUCGCGCAGACGUCGCCGGCGGCCACGCUUGUGGUGCAAGAGUGCUCGCAGUACUCGUCAUGUGGGUCGUGCCGGACGACGCCGUCUUGCGCAUGGUGUCUCUCGACGUCCACGUGUGUCUCUGAGGCCGAGGCGUGCCCGGUCCAGGCUAUCUGUCCGACAUGUACACCUGCAGAGUUUGGUGCGUGCCCGACGCUGAGCGAGGACCCGAGUGUCCCGGCGCGCGGCGUGUACACCGGCGGCUCGGUGGUGCCGUUUGUGACGACGCUUGCGCUCGACCCGAUCGACGAGAAGCUCGAGUGUGAGUUUUUCAAUCCCGCGACGCUUCGGAAGACCCGGGUCAACGCCACCAUUGUGUCCUCGACCAAGGUUGAGUGCGUGGCGCCGCCGUCAGAGCUCAAGCUCACAGCUGCCGAGGUCCGCCUCUACGCCGGUGCUGAGCUCUACACUGCCACUGACGCCGUGGUCAACUUUGAGUACUACAUCUGCGAAGACGUUGCUGUGUGCGACGGGUGCUACACGGCGGAGCGGCCGGAGUGCGGGUACUGCAUGGAGACUCAGACGUGCUCGGCGAGUAACCUCUGCCCGGCGCCGCUCGACUGGGGCGGCUCCGAGUGCCCGACGAUCUCUGCGGUGGCACCUACCGACGGGCUGGUGACCGGCGGGGCGACGAUUACGCUCACCGGAACGCACUUUGUGGACGUCAAGGGCAUGGAGGUGGUUUUCGGCUCGGUGAGCGUCAACGCGAGCUUUGUGUCGACAACCGAGUACACGGUUGUCACGCCGCGCAUUUCCAGCUCCGGGCCGGUGGAGCUUUCGCUCCGGCGGCGCGGGCUCGAGUACGUGCCUGCCGCAGGAGUCAUUUUCAACUUUUUGGGCGACCCUGCGCUCUUUCCCAAGUCGCCGACUUCUAACGCGCCGAUGAUCAUCGGCUCUGCGGUGGGUGCUGUCGCGGUUGUGCUCUGCAUUCUCGCUGCCAUUCUCGGCCUUGUGUACAAGCGGCGGAAGGAUCGCGAGGCACUGCUCCGGCCGCCGGUGCUCACGCCGGAGAUCCGGGAGCGGAUCAUGUUUGGCGCACCGCCGACGCUCUCGGCCGACGAUCGUAAGAUGGCCGGCAUGCUGCAGUCGUUUGUGGAGACUGUGGUGAUGGACCACGAGCUCAUUGCUACUAUUGGUGACGUGACGCAGGCGACAGAGAUGGACAAGAUCACCAAGGCUGUGAACAUGGUGUACGAGUCGCGCGGGCUCUCGCUCUCGAUGCUCCUGUACAUGGUCUCGCGCGAGGUCUCGCUCGCGCUCUCGCAGUCGACGCUCUUCCGCACCAACUCGUUUGCCACCAAGCUGUUCAAGACGUUUUCCAAGAUGAAGGGCCUCGACUACCUGCACGAAUCGAUUGGGCGGCAGGUGAACCUGCUUUUGCUCGAGGGGGUGGGCGAUGUUGAUGCCAUCAAGACCAAGUCGUCGGGCAACAACGCGUUGGAGCGGUUUGCGCUCCUGGAGCGGUGCCAGCGCGUCUUUGCCGCCAUCCAGGCGACGCAGGACGCGGUGCCGAUCGAGUUCCGCCACCUUUUCCAGCACGUCCGGCUCCGCAUGCAGUCCAAGUUCCCUGUCUCUUCGGAGGACCUUGGGCUGUACAUUGCCGACUCGCUGCGCGACCACCUGGACGACACGUCCGAGGCGUACAUCGAGGGCAACAACUGCUUCUCGGACCUUGCGGCGCUCGCGCCGCACAUCCAGUCGGACAUGUCGGUCCUCGGCUCCAUUCUUGGACCGGUCCAGGAGAACCUGGCCAACUUUGAGUCGACGAUCACAUCGCUCACGUCGCAGCUGCGCAAGGUCAACCAUGUGGUGGACCAGCUCCGCGGCGCGCUCGAUCCCAACUCGGAGGAGGCGAAACGGUUCCUCGAGGAGCACCAGCGGGUGCAGAACUCGAUUGCCGUCGGUGGCUUUAUGUUCCUUCGCUUCCUCGUGCCUGCGCUCACUGCGCCCGAGGCGUUCAACAUGGUCCACGAGCUGCCCACGCCCGAAGAGCGCAAGCUCCUGGUCAUGAUCGGCAAGGUGCUGCAGAACCUGUCCAACGGCAAGGAGUUUGGCACCAAGGAGAAGCACAUGGUGCAGAUGAACGACUUUAUUCUCGAGAACCAGACUGCAGUGGCGCGGCUGUUUGACACGCUCUCGACAGUGCCUGCGUCGUCGACGCCGAUUGCGCAGCUCGAUCGCGCUCCAGUCCCGCGGCGCCACCUCGAGUCGGCCGUGGUCACGCUCUUCAAGCACGCCCGCACCAACCGCGACAAGAUAGUGGCGCGGCUGCAUGACCACUCGUUCGGCGGCAAGCAGCUGCCAGCAGCUAUCAUGUCGCAGCGGAUCCAGGCCGCCAAGGUCUUUGAGCUCGUCCUCGACCAGACCGAGCAGUACCUCAACGCUGGUGCAGGCUCGACGUCGACCGACUACCUCAACACCACUGAGGCCGGCCCGUCGGCAGCGGAGCCCAAGCUGCAGUCGAUGAUCAAGCUCACUGACGAGGUCUUUGACGAGCUCAUCCAGCAGGACGACUACACAGCGCCCGAGACCGACCCGCUCGGUGACUUGGGUGCCGACAACGACAAUGGAGGAGGAGUGGCACUUGCCACACUCACGCUCACCCCGAUUGUCCGCGACGAUUCGAGCAGCUCGUCGAACGACGGCUCAGUCUCGCCGGCCGAUGUCAGCCUCGCACCGCCGCCGCCAAGCGACAGCGCUGCGCUCCUCACGCCCGCCGGCGUCAAGGAGCCGCCGCCGAUGAUCUCGGACGCGGUCGAGCUGUGACGAUAGACGUCAUUUAGUUGAUAAACGGCCGACUUGCGCGC